UGAAGCUGCUAGCGUUGUGCUAACCUCAGACACACAGCAGGGACACACAGGGCUGUAUUCUUCUCUUCUUCAGGAACUAACAUCAACCUGCAGCUGCUUUCUGACAACAACCGCAGAAGAACCACCUGCAUGUUUACAGCAAAGCAUGGCUGUGUUUGAGAACUGCUCUGUGCUUUUGGAGCUGAAAAAUUUGCUCUUCAAGGAGAAGAAGAAGCUGAAGUCAGCAAUAACAGAGAAUGGAGGCAACAUUUGCUUUGUGGUCAAUAAACAGUGCUCUCUGAUAGUGACCAGUGAUGUGUCCAAUCUGAGCAGCAACAGGCUGCGUAGCAUCCAGAAAUACCAAACGCCGGUGGUCGGAGUGGAUUAUGUGUACAGCUGUCUGGAAAGAGGAGUUCUUCUGCCUGUGGAUGAGUACACGCUGGAUACUUCCUCUCCCUUUGCUUUUUCACCUCCUCGUCCUCCCUCCUCACUGAGUACACACUCACAGCAAGUGUCCAAAGUACCACAAAGCAAAGCAGUUGAGCUGUCCAAAGGCCCAGCCAAGCCUGUGGACUCUGUCAGGCAGACUCAUGAGGCACACAGUCCGGUGAAGAGCGGAAACGUCCUGGAAAGGUUCAGGAUUUAUACUGGAACUGAUUCCAACCUUCCAACGUAUCCGGAUCAUUUUCAAGUGGCCAAGUAUUCAAUCUUUGAAAAGAUAAAAAGCAACACUUGGUGUGUGCUGGAGCUGCAGAGUUCCAAAGGGGACAAAGAAUGGCAGUACCGUGUGGUCCGGUACUGGAAGGACGAUGUGUUCGCCAAGACAGCGGCGGUGAGGGAUAUGCUGGUGUUUCCGUCCAACUCAGAGGAAGCUCUGGAGGUGUACAAGGCCCUUAGAGAAACCCUGCAGGCUUCCGGUCUGCAGCUGCGGAGCAACAUCCCUCCACGGGCCCAGGACCUGGGCUCUGCCCCCCUCCAGCAGCUGCUGCUCGAGGAGAAGCUGAACACAGGAAGCUUAUCACAGGAAGUAGGCGUAUUUGUGGAGAUGCUGUGGACUGAGGCCCUGGGUUGCCUCAGCAACAUCCUCAGAGUUCCAGUCGACAAGCUCAGCCUAAAUGAUGUGACCAGGGUGGAGGGCUUGUUGCUUCAGGCUCAGAGGAAGCUGAGGGAGUCAAAUCAUUCUGAGGUGAUGCUUCUCCUGGAUGAGGUUUACACCCUGCUGCCGCUCACACAGCCCCACUUACCUCCUUCUUCCAAGCUCAUCUCUGAGAAACUGGACCUCUGUCAGUUAAUCAGAGAUGUUCUAAACGUGAGUGAGAUGACCCUGAGAAGCCCGGCGCCGUCUUGUGUGGGGAAGUACCGCGCUCUGAGGUGCAGCAUUGAGACUGUUCCCCCCAGCAGCUCCGAGUUUCAGGCUGUGAAUGCUUUGCUGCAGAACAGCAAGGUGCAGAUCCAACAGGUCCUGCGUGUCAACAGAGGUGUGGAGCUUCAGACCUUUAAGAGUGAUCUCGGGAACGUUAAGCCCCUCCUCCAUUCCUCCUACCCCAGAAACUUUGUGGGAAUCCUGUCUCGUGGUCUACUGCUGCCCCGUGUUGGAGUGGAGCAUCAUGGGAUAGAGAGAACGGACGUUGGUAAUCUGGGCAGUGGAAUCUACUUCAGUGAUGCUGUUAGCACCAGUCUGAAGUACUCCAGGCCCAGUGCGACGGACGGCUCUCGGUUGCUGUUGGUGAGUGAUGUGGCGUUGGGACGGUGCAGGGACCUCCGCAAGAGAGACACUACUCUGACCCAGGCUCCUGAGGGACACCACAGUGUGCACGGGGUCCGCCGCACCCCUAACGCUCACUCUGAGUUUGAGGAUGAUGAGUAUGUGGUGUACAGCCCUGACCAGGUGAAACUGAAGUAUGUGGUUCAGUUCAGUAUCGAGGGAGACGAGCUGAAGGAGUUCAGCCCUGCCAUCACCACCUCAGCUGAGCCGUGUCUGCCCUCCUCUGACCAAGGGCUCGGUUCGGAGGACAACGGGGUUGAAAGUAUUAAAAACCCACUGGAGGAUGUGACGGCUGGUCUGUUGGACAGCUCGGGUCAGCAGCUCCCUCUGCAGGCCGUACACGUGAAGUGCAAACUGAUGGAUCUGCUCUCUCAGGUCAUCAUUUUCCAGAAAUACACCAAUCUGAGCUCUGUCCCCAUUGAGGCAAAGUAUGUCUUCCCGUUGGAUGAUUCUGCAGCAGUGUGUGGAUUUGAAGCUUUCAUCAAUGGGAAACAUGUGGUGGGACAGGUGAAGGAGAAAGAGAAGGCUCGCAAGGAGUACAAGCAGGCUAUUGAGAGAGGCCAUGGAGCCUACCUCAUGGACCAGGACGCCCCCGAUGUGUUCACCAUCAGCGUGGGCAAUCUGCCUCCCGGCGCCACUGUCCUCAUUAAAGUUACCUUUGUGUCUGAGCUGAUUGUCAGGGACGGGAGUAUUCUCUUCUCCCUGCCUGGGAGUGUGGCUCCGUGGCAGGAGAGUGCAGCGCUCAACCAGACCACACAAGUCACUGUGGAGAAGGUGUGUGUGACUGAGGAGGCAGAAAGCACAAGAGAGUUCACCCUGGAUAUGUCGAUUGAGAUGCCGUAUGAGAUCAGCAGCCUGAAGUGCACCACGCACAAAGUCAAGAUGAAGAGAACAGACUGUAAGGCAGUGGUGAGCGUGCUUCCAGGAAAGGUCAUGGGUCCAGAAGGUUUCCAGCUGUCAAUCACUCUGUCUGAUGUCCACCUGCCCAGGAUGUGGGUGGAGAAACACCCUGACAAGGACAGCCAGGCCUGCAUGUUGGUGUUCUAUCCAGACUUUGUCGCCAGCUCCAGUUCAGCAUCCGACGAAGUUGUCCUGUUGAUCGACACGUCUGAGUCCAUGAAGGGAGAGUCUCUGCGCAUGGCCCAGAGAAUCGCCCUACAGGUCCUAAAAACCCUCGACCUCAACCUCAGACUCAAUGUCAUUUUCUUUGGCACAGAUCACACAGAAGCUUUCCUGACAGCACAGCCGCUUGCUGAAGCUCAACAGGCAGCCGAGAGCUUCAUCAAGCGCAACCCUCCAGUAGGGGGCAGCACCGAGCUGUGGCGGCCACUGCGCGCUCUCAGCCUGCUGCCUCCGUCCCGCGGAGUCAGGAACCUGCUGCUGCUCUCGGACGGCCACAUCCAGAACACAGAGUUCACCUUGCAGCUGCUCAGAGACAACGCUCAGCACAGCCGCCUCUUCACCUGCGGCCUCAGCCCAACAGCCAAUCGGCACAUGCUGAGAGCCCUGGCUCAGGCAGGGGGUGGAGCCUAUGAAUUCUUCGACACAAAAACCAAACACAACUGGGUUGAGAAGGUGGCGUGUCAGGUGAAGCGUAUGGCGUCCCCUGGCUGCAGUUCAGUGUCAGUGAAGUGGCAGCAGUUCAACCCGACCGCCCCCCCUCCAGUGCAAGCCCCCAAGCAGCUCCAUGCUCUGUUCAAUGACUGUCACACCCUGGUUUACGGCUUUGUGCCACACUGCACUCAGGCCACCCUCCUUGGAAACCUGUGUGGCCAGGAGCUCAAAACCAUGGUGUCAACCAGUGAGCUGCAGAAGACCAGGGGCACAUUUCUUCACAAGCUCACAGCAAGGGCCCUCAUCAGGGAUUAUGAAGACGGAAGCCUGGACAACAGUGAAGCCGAACAUGAGGGGAAGAAAGCAGAGCUGAAGAACUUCAUCGUCGAGUUGAGCAAAGAGUUCUCCAUCCUGUCUCAGUUCACCAGCUUUGUGGCCAUCGAGGAAAGGGAUUCAGAAGAAACAGAGGGCUUCACUGACAUCCCCAAGCUGAUCGCAGAGGAAGAUGUGGACUUCCUUCCGUACGUCAGCUGGAUUUCUCCUCAAGAUAGUGAAGAGGAAUAUAUGGACUAUGAGGAAUAUAUAGACUGGGAUGCGACAAUGGUGGAUGGUUGUGGGAAUUGGUUGAGCGAAGAAGAAGAAUCAGACGACGAAUGUGAAGAAGGGGUAGAUGAGUGGAGUGACGCGGAUGACGAUCUUUCUGAGGAUUCUCAUUUUGGGAUGCCAGACAUGGGUUUUGUACAGGAUCAGGUUUGUGCCUUCACACACAAACCACAGCUGCAUAUUUGCUCUUUUGGAAGGACAACAAAUGCAUUUCUAGCUCAAGCUGCUCAUUUGAAUGCAUGGACAGCUGGAAAAAUAAACAAAUAAAUAACA